CCAUUAACCAGCAGGAAAGCUGGCAAACAAGACUGAGCAGCAGCCGCCCCGCCGGCUUACUGUACACAUGACAGGAUCCGGGACAGCAGGACCAAGCCAGCACUUGCAGCCCGAGCCCACUGCAGACCGGCCUGGCCAUCCUGAACAAUGCUGUUCACCCUGUACAUCUGUCUCCUCUGGUUGUCUACCAGUGGGCUCUGGACCAUCCAGGCUAAGGACCCUGACACUGACAUGAGCAUGAGGAACCCUCACCGGCACUUGGCUCCAAACAACGUUGACUUUGCCUUUACCCUGUAUAAGCACUUAGUGGCCUCAGCUCCGGGCAAGAAUGUCUUCAUCUCCCCUGUGAGCAUCUCCACAGCCUUGGCUAUGCUGUCCCUGGGCGCCAGAGGCUACACGCGGGAGCAGCUUCUCCAAGGCCUGGGCUUCAACCUCACUGAGAUGUCCGAAGCCGAGAUCCACCAGGGCUUCCGGCAUCUCCACCACCUCCUCAGGGAGUCAAACACCACCUUGGAAAUGACUAUGGGCAAUGCCAUGUUCCUGGACCACAGCCUGGAACUUCUGGAGUCAUUCUCAGCAGACACCAAGCACUACUAUGAGUUGGAGGCCUUGAAUGCAGACUUCCAGGACUGGGCAGGAGCCAGCAGACAAAUCAACGAAUAUAUCAGAAAUAAGACGCAAGGGAAAAUUGUGGACUUGUUCUCAGAGCAAGAUAGCUCAGCCAUGCUCAUCCUGAUCAACUACAUCUUCUUUAAAGGCACGUGGGCACACUCCUUCAACCUGGAAAGCACCAGGGAAGAUAACUUCUACGUGAAUGAGACGACCACGGUGAAGGUGUCCAUGAUGUUCCAGUCGAGCACCAUCAAGUACCUGAACGACUCGGUGCUCCCCUGCCAGCUGGUACAGCUGGACUACACAGGCAACGAGACCGUCUUCUUUGUCCUCCCGGUCAAGGGGAAGAUGGACACGGUCAUUGCCAUGCUGAGCCGGGACACCAUUCAGAGGUGGUCCAAGUCCCUGACCAACAGCCUGGUGGACCUGUACAUCCCGAAGGUCUCCAUUUCCGGAGGCUACGACCUCGGGGGCAUCAUGGGGGACAUGGGCAUUGCAGACUUGCUCAACAACCGGACACAAUUCUCAGGCAUCACCCAAGAGGCCCUGCCGAAGGUGCCAAAGGUGGUCCAUAAGGCCACGCUGCAACUGGAUGAGAGGGGCUUGGAGUCGGCCGCCCGCACCCAGGUCCACCGGAACUCGGCGCCCGAGCCUCUCACAAUCCGGUUCGACCGGCCCUUCGUUGUCAUGAUCUUCGACGACUUCACGUGGAGCAGCCUCUUCCUGGGCAAGGUUGUGAAUCCGACCUAA